UAGUUCCCUGGGGGAAUUCAUUAGCAGGUGUGGGCCUCUGAUAUAAGAGACAAAGUUCAGUUGUGAAUUCCAGACCUACUUCUUGGGUGUCUCAGCAUGGAAAGCUUGCUCCAAACGAUUAAGCUGAUGCUUCGAUAUAUACAGAAAGCUUUGAUCUUAUUCUUCCUCUUUCUCUAUGUUGUUGUGGGAAAAGUCCUUAUGUUUUUGUUCCCACAGACCAUGGCAUCUGUGCUGAAGUCUCGUUUUGAAAUAUCAGGAGUUCAUGACCCAAAGUUUCAGUAUGAAGAUUGGGGUCCUACUUUCUUUACAUACAAAUUCUUAAGGUCUGUCCUUGAAAUCAUGUGGAUGCGGCUAGAAGAUGAGGCUUUUGUGGGGCACAGUGCCCCCAACACACCUGUAGUUGACCUUAGUGGCGAAUUACAUCAUAUUUGGGACUAUCUACAAGGUACACGACCUUUGGUAUUGAGUUUUGGGAGUUGUACAUGACCCCCAUUCCUCUUCAGACUGGGAGAAUUUAAUAAGCUUGUGAAUGAGUUCAACUCCAUAGCAGAUUUUCUGAUCAUCUACAUUGAUGAGGCUCAUGCAGCAGAUGAAUGGGCAUUGAAAAACAAUCUUCACAUCAAAAAGCACAGAAGUCUCCAGGAUCGGCUUGCUGCAGCCAAACGCUUGAUGGAAGAGUCACCUUCUUGCCCAGUAGUGUUAGACACAAUGAGUAAUCUCUGCAGUGCCAAGUAUGCAGCUCUACCCGAAAGACUUUAUAUCUUGCAGGAAGGAAAAAUCAUUUACAAGGGCAAGAUGGGUCCCUGGGGCUACAAGCCAGAAGAAGUGUGUUCUGUACUUGAAAAGAAGAAAUAAUCAUGAUUCCAUUUUGUUUAAGAACACCGGCUGAACAAUGCAAGCACUACAGACCAGACAAAAAUUGCUCUAUAUUACAUGUCCAAGAACAUUUUCCACUUAUUUGAGUUAUAGCUCAUAAAUAAAGGCUCUACAACUCCACAAUGUAUUUGUUUGUGACGGUUGCAGCUUAAAGUGCAGACGGCUUCUACCUGAUGUUGCAAAGCAUUGUGGGUGUUUAAUUAAAUAAUAAAAGCAUUUUUAAGACCAAUUUA